UUGACAAGCAGAUGCGCGUAAGAUGGAAGAUCUGAAGGUAGUCUUUUUUAAGUCCAACUUCACAACCCAGUCUAAAACCACACCGUUGUGUUUAAGUAACGCUACAUUCUGUGUUUAGUGUUUUAAAAGCGGCUUUAAAUGUCCAAAGUGUGGACCUGAGACUUUGCUUCGUGAGGUGAUGUCCCGACUUGUCAAGAAAUGUCCGUCUCUGUGUGUGGACCUGCCGCUGGACAACACUGACGUUUGUAACAAGCUUCGUUUACUGAGGCAGCUCCUGGCGUCUUGUUAUGGUCCGACUGGUAAACUGAAACUAGUUCACAACAACAUCGGAGGACACGUUGUCACCACCUCGACCUCAUCAGUUCUCCUCGCAGCCAUUUCAUCCUCACAGCCUCUUGUGAGCCUCAUAACAACCUCCAUCCUCAACCACGUGUCCCGGUUCAGUGACUGCGGUUUGUUCGCUGCCACUCUGUGUUUGGAUCUCAUCGAACAAGCAAAGCAAAGUGGCCUCAGAGGAAACGUGUGUAUCAGGCUGAACAGGCACUUCCUGGGUGUGUGCGUCAGUUACCUGCAGAGAGGGGACUGCUGCUGUAAAGUGAAGCUCGACUUCUGCAGCAGCCACAACCUGAUCGCAUUAGCUCGCAGUGUUAUCUCCAGCAAACCAGCAUGUAUGCUCACAGGGCAAGAGACGCUUCACAUCAGCAAGCUGGCCGUGCAGGCUUUUCUACUGACUCUUCCCUGUGACAAACCAGGCACAGUCUCUCUGGGCCAGACAGUGACCAUCUCUGUUGAGGGCCACUCUGUGCUCAACUCUGCAGUGUUUCCAGGUUUGCUGGUGGAUGUCACUGGUGUCCUAUGCAUCGACAAGUCAGAGAACCUGAGUUCCCAUCCACUGCGCACGUUGUUGUUCAGUGCAUCCCUUGCUGGAGACAUUCCUGAACUCGGAGAUGGGAUCAUCGAAGUGUCCUCGGGUGUAGACACAGACGCACAGAUCUUGGAUCAACUCCUGGAUCUUGGCAAGCAGGCGGUUGAAGAUGACGUCAAGCUCUUUGUCUGUCAGAAGGUCAUCCACCCAGUCCUACAGCAAUACCUGAGGAGUCAAGGUGUUAUUGUGAUCGAGAGAUUGGGAAUCACUCACAUGGAACCGUUCAUUCUCCUUACAGGUGCUCAUCCUGUGGCCACAUUGCACACCGCACUUCCAGCCAAGGCCUACGGGAAGGUGAGGGAUCUCAGUAUAAGGCAGUUUGGAUCCAAGACUAUGCUGCAUUUACUCGGCCCCGGGGAGUCGGCAAUCUGCACGAUGGUCCUCUGCCACAGGAACGAGACCAUGCUAAGCGAGCUGAAGGUGGUGUGCCAGAAGACAGAACAUGUGUUGAGGCUCACCCUCAGGGAGCCAUAUGCCUUAUUUGGAGGUGGGUGCACUGAGACCCACUUGGCUGCUUACGUCAGACACGAGAGCACAAACGGAGUAACGGAGUCUGCAGCAGCAUUAGGGUGCUCACAGUCACAGUACAUUCUCGGCAUGGACAGAUUCUGCAGCUCUCUGGAGUCUGUGGCCAAAUCACUGGAACACAAUGGUGGGAAUUCUUUAAUAGAUCUGACUCAUGCUCACCACUGGACCCUGCCUGCAGAUGUGAUGAACAGAUGUGUAGAGGAUAGCUUGGGCUUCUGUGGCUGUGGACUGGUGGAAGGAAGCUCAAGUAAGAAGUGGACUUACCUAAACACUAAAUAUGCUGAGUUCUCCCCUGCGGCCCUCACUACAGAUUCUCCUGUGCAGCCACGUGUGCUGGACUCCUUCACGGCUAAACUCAACGCGUUGCAAGUGGCUGUAGAAACUGCUAAUCUCGCACUAGAUGUGAGAUACAUAAUUAAAGAUGUGAACUAGUAGAAUAAGUAUUUUUGUCUCGUGCUAGAUUCUAGUUUGUGAAGAUGAAAGUGAAGAAUUAAUGUUUUUACUGUUUUUACAGUUACUGGGAAUUUUCUUAAUUUCCUUUAUUCUGUUAUUCUGUUUAUUCCUCUAUGCUAAGUCAUUGACUUAACUUCCAGCCUGUUACACUUCAAUGACUUAAAAUCCUCUUUAAAUGAAGAUUAAGUUAAGUGCGAUAAAGUUUAAAAAUUUAAUGAAUCAAAAUAAUUUGGCUUCUAUGGAACAAUUUACCAAACCAUCCCUUAUGUAAAUCAGCACGUCUCAGCUGUAGUUACCAUUGGUGAGCACUGGGAGACGCUGCAACCAAUGCUGCCACAUAUUUUGUUGCCAACACAACACCAAAAAGCACCACCAGCCUUUUCUGAAGGUUUUCUCCCCCCAUACAUUUUUUAAGUAUUACCAGUCUCAACCUGCUGGUGAAAUAAAGUCACCACCUGACAGGUAUGAAAAUACAAAGACAAACCCUCAGGCAAUCAAACGUAUUUGUAUAAAAUAAACUUUUAUAUCUUUA